CCGAUUGUAUAUUUUUCUGAAUCAGGAGAUCAAUAAACACCAGCUUUUGGUUUCAUACUUCAACACAUUAAAGAUACAAGUUGCAUAUUGUCUAAUAAUGCUUCGAAGUAGUGUAUCACCUGGUCAGCCUCAGGCAAUAAAUGCAAAAUUUUUGAAUCGUAUUAAAAAGGACUUGGAGGAACUUAAACUUUCACCACUUCAAAACAUCACUGUAAAUGUGCUCGAUGACAACCUUACUACAUUAGAAGCCGUUAUGAAUGGAGAAAAGCGUACUGUUUAUGAAGGUGGUAUAUUUAAACUCAGCAUUAAUCUGCCUCCGCAAUAUCCGUCUAAAGCACCGCUGAUUCACUUCGAGACGGCUAUUUAUCAUUGUAAUGUAAGCAGUACUGGUUACAUAUGUCUUGACAAGCUUCAUAAAGAUUGGCAGCCAUUAUGCACUCUUUCUCAGAUACUCUUGGCUAUAUACGAUAUGAUGCACGAUUGUAAUCCAGCUACCGCAGUCAACCCCAUAAUUGCAGAUCUGUAUUUGUACAGUCGGGACGUUCAUGAUAAAUAUGCACGGAAGUGGACUAAGUUAUAUGCCGGAGAAAAGAGCAAAGCGCUGCAAUUAUCUGUGCUGUGUCGCAGUGACUUGGGCGGCAAACUUUAUGAUCGUUGCAUAUGCAAGUUCUAGUGUGAUUAAGCGAUUAAAGAGUGUGGUAUAUAUGAUGCAACGCUGAUCAAGAGGUUCAAAAUAAUUUAUAUAUUUUCGUUAUUUUAAAAUUUUGGGCUACAAUUGU